GAAGCUUCUCAACCUCUUCGCGCUAUCCGAAUUGAUCUGAGCUCCAUUGACCACGCUCUCCAGCAAUGGCAUUCAUGCAAGGAUACCCCAAGGCGCACCAGAACCGUAUCCACGGCUCCGACAAAUCUAUCCGUAAAACCCGAGUCAACCUCCUGAAAGCCGCAGGCCUUAAUUUUAUUUUAUUGCAGAUUCUGUUCCUUGGGUUGUUUUGUUAUAUCUUUGGUGCAAUAUGGCAACAGUCCAGCCACAUCCACAAUAUGAACGUCCUAUUCGUCGAUUACGAUGGAAGUGUCCUUGGAACCGCAGUUCGCGACGCAUACAAGACGCUACAGGGCAAAACCUUUCCGACACUACAAGAAAUGCCUUCAGAGAGAUUUCCGACUCUAGGUGAUGUGAAGGAGGCUGUUUGCAGAACAAAUUACUGGGGCGCGAUCUACACUUCAAUGGGGGCAUCGGAACGACUCGCGAAUGCUCUACCAGGAGGCGUUGCUGCAGACACGUACAAUCGAUCGGAUGUGUUGACAUUCGUUUGGAACGAAGCUCGAUACUCUACAAUUGUGGAUCCGGAUAUUCAGGGUACGCUUAUAACUCUUUCAUCCACAGCGCGUGUCGCAUACUCGGCCAUCAAUGGCACUGGAGCUCUCCAAAUUCUCAACUCCACCGACCCUGCAGCCAUCUCAGUGUUCACAAAUCCAUGGCAGCUUACAAGCGUCAACCUUCAAGAGACCUCGCAAGGAUCUCGUUUGAUUUACAAUACUCUCGUCAUCAUCUUGAUCCUCAUCCAGGAGUUCUUCUACCUCGGAACGAUCAACGGUCUCUACGCUGCCUUCAAGAUCUACGCCAAGCUCUACCCUCACCGCAUCAUCGCAUAUCGAAAUUGCAUAUCCCUAGCAUACACAUUCUGCGGCUCGCUCUGCGUCACUGGUGCUAUUUGGGCAUUCCGUGGAGAUUGGGACGUCAAUUCAAACCAAUUCGGCUUGACCUGGGCUGUGCUCUGGCUGUUCGCACACGUGAACUUCCUCUGGCUCGACGUAUUUACCAUCUGGACCCCACCCCAGUAUGUGCCUAUGCUUCUGAUCACAUGGAUUGUGUUCAAUGUUUCUUCGAUCUUGGUCCCAUUCGAACUCUCCCCAGGGUUCUAUCGCUGGUCGUAUGCAAUGCCAGCACAUGAAGUCUUCCAGACACUGAUUCAUAUAUGGUCCAAAGGCUGCAAUCCUCAGCUCUACUACGCACUCCCAACUCUCUUUGUCCUAGAACUGGUUGGGCUGCUGCUGGGUGUCGUUGGGGUAUACCGUCGUUGCCACUACGCUGUGGUUGUCGAAGAGGCUGCAGACGCUGCCUUCCGUGACAGGGUUGCCGUUGCAUUGGCAACUGAAAAGAGACUGGCUGUAGAGAGAAAGCAGCGCAUCGCUGAAGGGGGGAGUGAGGACGUUAUCGAGGAGGAGAAGAGAGAAGAAGAGGAGCUCGAGGACGUCAUUCGGGAGGAGGAUAAAUCUCUGCAGAGAAAGCAUACAAAGGUAGCACAGGAUUGCCGAUAUGGGCCUGCAUUCCCUUUGGCAUUUAACAAUGACCCUUCAGAUUCAAGUGUCAAUUCAACGUCACAGGGGGUUUGAAGGCUGUUGAGAUGUUCUUCUUUAACGAGUGAGUGGGAGUCGAUGAGGGGUAAAUAAUGAGGGGAGAUGUGCCCGUUGGGGUGUGCGAUGGCGUUCCUAUGGCUUCUGGUAGUAUAUAUUCAAAAGCAAAAUUGAAGUUAGAUUUGCAUUCAAAUCAGGAAGAGCAAGAAAACAUCCUCACAGGAUCUCCG